AGUUUCCCCUGACAGCUUUGCGAGGGUUGUGCCAUUUCAAUUGAAGCACACAUCCACACGCUGCGCUCUUGGCUUCUGGCUCGCCUCCCAGAUCUGAGAGAUCUCAGAUUCAGCCUCCUCUCCUCUCUCUCUCUCUCUUGUCCCUGUAGUGUCAGGCUUCUCCAGGCUCUGCUAGUCAGGACUCCUGAGCGACCAUGGCAGACACCAGCCUCCAGAUCAUCGAGCAGCCAACAGCCUCUGAGGCCUCGGAGGAACCAGCCGGUGAGGAACCCAUCAAAUCGGAUCAAAUCAAUGGCGUUAUGGUGCUCACCCUUCUGGACAAGAUCAUUGGGGCUGUGGAUCAGAUUCAGCUGACCCAGAGUCAGCUGGAGGAGAGACAGCAAGAGAUGGAUGGCGUGGUGGCCAGCAUCCAAGGGGAGCUGGCCAAGCUCACCAAGGCCCACUCCACCACCAGCAAUACAGUCAACAAGAUGCUAGAGAAGGUUCGCAAGGUCAGCGUCAACGUGAAAACCGUCCGACAGAACCUGGAGAAACAAGGUGGGCAAAUCAAGAAGCUGGAAUCCAACGAGGCAGAGCUGCUGAAGCGGAGGAAUUUCAAAGUCAUGAUCUACCAGGAUGAAGUGAAGCUGCCAACCAAGCUGAGCAUUAGUAAGUCUGUGAAAGAGAUGGAGAAAGAAGGGGAAGAGGUUCCAGCAGACGAGGAGCACCCUGAUGAGGAACAUAUUGAGCUUUCCUCAGAUGAAGAGGUGGAGGUAGAGGAGAUUAUUGAGGAGUCACGGGCGGAACGCAUCAAGAGAAGUGGCAUGCGAAAGGUGGAUGACUUCAAGAAGGCCUUCUCCAAAGAGAAGAUGGAGAAGACGAAGCUGAGGACAAGGGAGAACUUGGAGAAGACCAAAGUGAAGACCAAAGAGAACCUGGAGAAGACCAAGCAGAAUCUGGAGAAGACCCGGCACAACCUGGAGAAGAGGAUGAACAAGUUGGGCACCAAAAUUGUCACCACUGAACGCAGGGAGAAGAUGAAAACCUCCCGGGAUAAACUGAAGAAGUCCUUCACCCCUGACCACGUGGUCUAUGCACGCUCCAAGACGGCUGUCUACAAAGUGCCCCCUUUCACCUUCCACGUCAAGAAGAUCCGGGAGGGUGAGGUGGAAGUGAAGGCCACUGAAAUGGUGGAGGUUGGUGGGGAUGAGACAGAGAAUGCAGAUCUGCUGAGGGGUGAGAGCCCUGAGAUGAGCACGCUGCUGCAGAUCACAGAAGAGUCGGACACGGUCCUGGCGGACAAGAGCGACAGUGAGUGAGGCAGGCGGCAGCAGAAGAGCGCCGAGAGCCGAACUUGGGACUUUUCACGUUUCCUCUUUUUGGCCUCACGUGGGCACGCCCGCGCGCACACACAUACGCACGAUAUAUAGCCCCUUUCCCAAAAAUGUAAUGCCAAGGUACAUUUUUGUAUAUUUCUGUUUCAGCCUAUAGAACACAGGACUUCAUAGCAAUCCAUCCAACACCAUUCCUGCUACCGAAAGCUAGCUUGCUUUGCCAGCCUGCUGUGGCCAUGCCUUACCCCUACCCAAAGGUGCUAUCGACAAAGUCAUCCAUUUGUACGCCCAAGAAACAUACUGCCUCUUAGAGGUUCUCCUUGGUGUCAGGAAGGCUUCCUGGGGACCAGAAAGCAGAUUGGACAGACAGAAGGAAGGAAGAACAAAGGCACAGAACCAAAGAAGGAAGGGUUUGGCUCAGCAGAUUACUGAACUUGCUGGGGGUGGGUGGGUGGAGAAGAGUUGGAACUGGCUGGGGAGGAACUGGGGAAGGAUGGGGUGAGAAGAGGAAGUGCUGUCAUGUGAUGGUGGAAGUGUGUGGGGUCUGUGAGCCCCCAAACAAUUUUCCAAGUGUUUAUUUAGACGCAGUCACACUCGAUGGGCCUUAUAUUUGUACACCUGAAAGACCAGUGGUAGCCACCGGGGGAGACUUCCAGGCGGGGGGCCUCGCAGCCACUUCUGCUCUUAGCUUUGCCUGUCUGUGAGCCGCCUUGCCACCCAGUGAGCUCUCGUGGCUCCAGUGGGCAGCACUAACGCCUUAGCUGGGGUGAGUGGUGGGCAAGCGUGCUAAGCUGAGAAAGAGGGAGAGACGGGGCAGGGAGCACGGUUUGGAGGGGCAGCCGUUGGCUACAAGCAGCAAAGCUGUGUCGAGAAGAACAGAGGAGGAAACACUUGUCCAAUCCGUGAGCAGUCUUGACACCCGUCCCUGGGCCGGAUCCUGAGCACUGCAGCUUGGGGUCGACCUCUGUGUUCCUGCCUUCUGGCUGAGUUGGCUUACAACAGCCCGAUUCCAGCUGGGAUGCCAAGGUUUGGGUGGUCCCCAGUUGGGUAACACUUGGGUUCCUGUAGCUAGGUUGGCUGAAGUGGCUACUUGGGGAGAGAAUGGAGCUGUGAGGAGGGAGUUCACUGACACAAGACAGCUUUGUUGUGGGAAAGGGGUUUCUCAGCAAACCACCCACCCAACACCACAUAGUAUACACCCAUGCUUCCCUACAGCUACCUCUGAGCCCCAUCACAUCUAGGUCAAACACGCAGCUCCCGUCGCUUCUCUGUCCUCACUCCGAUGUCGCUUCCUGAAAACAGGAAGUAAUUAGGCCCAUUUAGUCCGGUAGGAGAGAGCAGCAACCGGACUUUCUCUGGGAGUUUUUGCGGCACAACAAAGGCCAGAAGGGGCGGAAGACGCGUCACGUGAGAGGCAGACCACGUCCUGUGAGCAAUCCGUGAGAGCCCAGUAACGAGCGUGCAGUGAAACGCUCGUCGGAUGGAGCUUUCUGCCUUUUUCUUUUUGCAGUUUGUGGGUGAACCUGAAGCCUGGCCUCAGGUCUCCUUCCCAUGUAUUUAAUGUAUGCAGCUGUCCUCCCCUGCACAGUGGAGUGUACCUCCCACCGGGAUCCCCCCAGGCUCCUCUGGUAUCAAGGAAAGCAGGUCCACACGAGGCUCAGGCUCCACAGUGAAUUCUGCCAUAUUCUCUUGGCCAUUCCAUGCCCACAACUUGUAGCAAAGCUGCCUGCCUGAGCAACCCAGCCAAUGGCAUGGUCGAACUGCCCCCCCACCCACCCCCAGCAGGGAGAUGGGAGGCGGUGUAUGUGUAGGCAUGCUCUUACUUGACCAAGGAGGGUGCAAGUAAGGGGGGGCUGUCCCCACCACACUACCCUUUCCUCUGUGCCUUUCUGUUCUUAGUUAUUAUGGAUCUUGUGUCUAGGAGGAGAGGAGAGAGCUUAGGGUUCCAGAUACGCUAGGUGUUUUGGGCCAUCACACAUGGGGCAGAAACUGCCCACUCUGGGGACAACAAGUGUUAGGGGUGGGGAAGGAUGUGCCCAGCAGUUGCAUUGUUCCUUUUCUAAGACUGCAUCCUGGUGAGCAGCAUGACUAAUAAACUUUCUUUUCUAAAA